UCUCAGCUACACACACAGUCGCUCAGCUGCUGUGGCUCAGAAGGAACUGCAGGUGCUGGUUUACACUGAAGACACAAAGACACAAAGUGCUGGAGUAACUCGGCGGGUCGGGCAGCAUCUGUGGAGAGCAGGAAUAGUUGACUUGUGGGGAGGAGACCCUUCUCUUGUGAUGUCUACCCCUCGUGUGUGAGUGACACAGUCCAGGCAGGGAGCUGGCUGUGGAUUCAUGUUGAUCUUCUCGGACUUCUCGGAAGACAAUAGACAAUAGGUGCAGGAGUAGGCCAUUCGGCCCUUCGAGCCAGCACGGCCAUUCAAUGUGAUCAUGGCUGAUCAUCCACAAUCAGUACCCCGUUCCUGCUUUCUCCCCAUAUCCCUUGAUUCCGUUAGCCCUAAGAGCCAAAUCUAACUGUCCCCUGAGAGUUGAGAGAGUUAAGUCGGCUCAGCCUCCAGAUUUUUUCAGCUUAGUUUAGACAUACAGCGCGGAAACAGGCCCUUCGGCCCAUCUAGUCUACCCGUACCGACCAACGCUCUGGAGGAGACCCGCGGGCGGGCGGGCGGGCGCGGCAGACAAGAUGGCCACCGUGCUCUUUAGCUUUGAGGACUUGUUGUACAACUGGGAAGGGCUGGUCUGGAACCUGACGUCUCGUGUCCUGAGGAACUGGCGCUGGGGGAACCUGCGCGCGGUGCAGCUGCUCCUGCGGCCGUGGUGUAUAUCGCGGGGAAUCUACCAGAUGUCGGAAGGCCGGCGGUGUCAGGUACACCUUCUGGACGACAGGAAGCUGGAACUUCUUGUUCAGCCCAAACUCCUGGCCAAGGAACUACUGGACCUGGUGGCAUCACACUUCAGUCUGAAGGAGAAGGAAUACUUUGGGAUCGCCUUCACGGAUGAUACGGCCCACUUUAAUUGGUUGCAGUUGGAUCGGCGAGUGCUGGAGCACGAUUUCCCCAAGAAGUCUGGUCCGGUGGUGUUGUACUUCUGUGUGAAGUUCUACAUCGAGAGUAUCGCUUACCUGAAGGACAACGCAACUGUGGAGCUCUUCUUCCUCAACGCCAAGUCUUGCAUCUACAAGGAGCUGAUAGAGGUCGACACUGAGGCCAUAUUUGAGCUGGCAGCCUACAUCCUGCAGGAAGCUAAAGGUGACUAUUCGAGUAAUGAGGUUAUGCGAGCGGAUCUGAAGAAGCUGCCGGUUCUUCCAACACAAGCCCUGAAGGAACACCCAUCCCUGGCCUACUGUGAGGACCGAGUGAUUGAAUAUUACAAGAAGGUGACUGGUCAAUCGCGAGGUCAAGCCAUUGUGAAUUACAUGAGCAUCGCUGAAUCUCUUCCCACUUAUGGAGUCCACUACUACGCAGUAAAGGACAAGCAGGGCAUUCCCUGGUGGCUGGGACUGAGUUACAAGGGGAUAUUCCAGUACGAUUACCAUGACAAGGUGAAGCCUCGGAAGAUUUUCCAAUGGCGACAACUGGAGAACCUGUACUUCAGGGAGAAGAAGUUUUCGGUGGAAGUUCAUGAUCCUCGCAGGGCUUCUGUAACGAGGAGAACGUUUGGUCACAGUGGAAUUGCAGUGCACACAUGGUACGCCAGCACUGCUCUGAUUAAAUCCAUCUGGGCCAUGGCCAUUAGCCAGCACCAGUUCUAUCUUGACAGGAAGCAGAGCAAGUCGAAGAUCCACGCAGCGAGGAGCCUGAGUGAGAUCGCCAUCGACCUGACGGAGACGGGCACCUUGAAGACAUCCAAGUUGGCCAACCUGGGGAGUAAAGGCAAGAUCAUCAGUGGGAGCAGCGGCAGCCUCUUGUCAUCAGGUUCCCAGGAGUCAGACAGCUCCCAGUCUGCCAAGAAGGACAUGUUGGCGGCGCUGAAGUCUAGACAGGACGCCCUGGAGGAGACGCUGAAGCUUCGGCUAGACGAACUCAAGCGUCUGUGCCUGAGAGAGGCGGAACUGACGGGGAAGUUGCCGAAGGAAUACCCGCUGGAUCCCGGCGAGCUGCCGCCUGUUGUACGGAGACGUGUCGGCACCGCCUUCAAACUGGACGAGCAGGCGCUCGCAGCCAAGGGAGAGGAGGUGGAGUUGGAGCGGUUGGAGAGAGAGUUCGCCAUCCAGUCCCAGAUCACGGAGGCGGCUCGGCGCUUGGCCGCGGACCCCAGCGUGAACAAGAAGGUGAAGAAGCAGCGGAAGAUUUCCUACCUCAACGCCCUGAAGAAACUGCAGGACAUCGAGAACGGCAUCAACCUGCACCGCAUCAAGUCGGGCAAGAAGCCCACACAGCGGGCGUCUCUCAUCAUCGAGGAGGCAAAUAUCGGCUCAGAGGACAGUUCUCUGUCAGAUGCUCUCACUCUAGAUGAUGAGGACUGCCAGGUGUCGGGGGUCUUAUCUCCCGUGCAGUCUCCACACAAAGCCCUCCCCCCCCGGCCCCCAUCCCACCAACGGCCAGUGCCCCCCCAGUCACUAGACGGCCUGCGGCAGCUCCACCACCACCAGGCCGACUACGACCGCUCGCCCAUCAAACCCAAGAUGUGGAAGGAGUCGUCCCUGGACGAGCCGUACGAGAAGGUGAAGAAACGCAGCUCCCACAGUCACUCCAGCCUGGCCAGUGGGCUCGCCCGCUUUCCCAGCGUAGGGAGCUGUGCGGAGACAGGGGCCGGAGGGUCACUGCAGAGCAGUCCUGUCCGAGGAGGCCGGCACUGGAACUGUGCACAGGCCAGCAUGCCGUCCACGCCCGACCUCCGUGUUCGCAGCCCGCCCUCCAUGCACUCCGCGCGGUCAGUGGACAUUAGCCCGUCGCGGUUACACAGCCUGUCGCAGCAUUUCCGCCACCGUAGCUCCAGCCUGGAGUCGCAGGGCAAGCUGGCGGUGAGCAGCGGCAACGAGCCGGGCAGCCCGCCGGGCUUCUACACGCCGGGGACCCGCAGCAGCAACGGCUCGGACCCGCUGGACGACUGCUCGUCCUGCACCAGCCACUCCAGCUCGGAGCAGUACUACCCGGCGCACAACUACCGCACGCUGGCCGAGGACUCCCCCUCCAAGGCCCGCGAGAGGCAGCGGCAGAGGCACCGCUCGGCCGGCAACCUGGGCUCCACCAACUCGGGGAGCAUGCCCAACCUGGCGGGCAAGGGCAGCGGGGGCUGCGGGGGCGGCGGAGGAGGGAGUGUGGGUAACGGCGGCGUGUACCUCCACAGCCAGAGCCAGCCCUCGUCGCAGUACCGCAUCAAGGAGUACCCGCUCUACGUGGAGGGCAGUCCCACGCCCGUGGUGGUCCGCAGCUUAGAGAACGACCAGGAGGGCCACUACAGCGUCAAGGCCCAGUUCAAGACGUCCAGCUCGUACACGGCCGGGGGGAUCUACAAGGACUCGUGGCGCGGCGACGAAACCGACGGCACGAAGAUCAUGCCCUCCCGCUCCCAGAUUGUACGGACUCCCUCCCUGGCCAAGGAGCAGGCGGAGAGAGGCACAAACAGGACUGCCCUGUCCGACGAGCUACGGCUCUGGUACGAGAGGUCCUCCGCCACCCUGAGGGAGCACCACAGACUCUCGCACUCCAGCUCCGACUCGUCCGAUCGUAGCUCACCGUACCCCCCCCCACCCAGCCUACACACGGCCCACGGCAAACUGUCCCGGCAACCGCAGUCCCCCAAACCAACACUGGCUGUUCCAGCCUCCCCUCUCAGCCAGAGGAGCACAAAGCAGCCGGCGGAGAUAUCCAUCCCAUCCCCGUCCAACAGCCCGCAACACAUCGACAGCUGGCAUAGCGGGACCUACCAGGACUCGUGCUUUGUGGACAGACCCCUCUAUUCGGAUCUGGCCGAUGUCCAUUGGCACAGCAACGACAGUGUGAAGCCAGGGACCCUCGUCUGACCACGGAGACCACGCCCAGCGAUGACCCUUGACCCCACAGUGACCCUUGACCCCGCAGUGACCCUUGACCCCACGGUGACCCUUGCCCCCACGGUGACCUUCGCCCCCACAGUGACCCUUGACCCCACAGUGACCCUCGCCCCCACAGUGACCCUUGCCCCCACGGUGACCUUCGCCCCCACAGUGACCUUCGCCCCCACAGUGACCCUCGCACUCUCCUCUCCCACUGGACCCCAGUUAGACAGCCCCAAGCACACACUCACACACUCACACUCACACACACACUCACACUCACACACACACACACACACUCACUCACACACACACACUCACACACACACACACACUCACACACACACACUCACACACACACACACUCACACACACACACACACACACAC